CAGUUCCAAGGGAUUAGUUCAAGUCUUCUCGACAGCAUGUCUGAACUGAACUUAUAUGAAAAUAGUGAAUGUCGUUUCACGGUGAACCAGCAAGGACCAACCUGUGAUCAGAAGCCAGAUGCAGGGUUCAGUGUUGAGCAGUCCGACAAAAAGAAGAUGAUGCUGGUCAUCUUUGGUCUCCUGAUUCUCUGUCUCUUCUUCACCCUAUUGUGUCUGGUCAUAGGGACAGUGAAAGUUUCAGGGAUGUACACUGAACUGAAGGAGCUGCAGGACAUGUACGCGAUGGAGCUUUCUCAGUUCAAAAGCAACGUGUCUGAAGAAGUUCAGAGAACACAGAGUAACAUGGAAGACGAGCUCUCAAAGCUGAAACUCAGCAUGACUGAAGAAGUAAAGAGAAGUCAGAAUAACAUGGCAGAUCAGCUCUCCAAUCUGAAGGUGGGAGGAUGCUCUUGCCUCCAAUGUCCCAAUGGCUGGGUGUGGUUCAGCCAGUCCUGCUACUACUUCUCAACCAGCUCAGGCACCUGGCAUUUUGCAAAACAACAGUGUUCCUUGAAGGAGUCACAUCUGCUUGUGAUCAACAGCAUUCCAGAGCACAAGUUUAUUAAAAGAGGAUCAGAACCUGAGCAAUACUGGAUUGGCCUGACUGACUCUGUCACUGAAAGACAUUGGCAGUGGGAAGAUGGCGCGAGUUAUGAUUCAACACCAAAGUUCUGGGCUGAUGGCGAGCCCAAUAAUGCCUUCAACAAUGAGGACUGUGCCCACGUUGAUGCUAAAGGACAAUGGAAUGACAACAGAUGCUCCAUAAACCUCAGAUGGAUUUGCGAGAAAAACUCAGCAUGAAUUUCACAAAACCUGUCUUAAAAGUACAAACAAGCUCACAUUGUCUGUUGUUCUGUGACAGAAGUACUGUGUGUCGAGCUAUGGUGUGUUACACUCAACUCAAGCCAACCCAAUUCAACUCAAAUAAACCCAAUCCAGCCCAACCCACUAAAUUCAGUUCAAUUCUUCUCAUCGCAUUCUAUCCCAGCCACCCUGACUCCUCCCAUCCCAAUGAGUCACACAGCAGAUCAUUGGGUCCUUCAGCCCAUUGCGUUCAUGCUAAUCAUCAAGGACUCAUCCACACGAAGCCUAUUUUAUCUCUCGCAUCCCCAGUAACUCCUCAUGCCUCCCCCACCAAUCCUCCUGCCCCAGGGACAUUUUACAGUUGUCAAUUAAAUGCCAACGUGCAUUGCCUUGGAACAUAGGAGGAAACUGGAGCAUCCAGGAGUAAAUUGGUAUCUGGGAGAACUGCACAUGGUCAUGGGGACAACAUAACAACCCCACACAGACAGCACCCAAGAUCAGGACCAAACCCAGGCCUUUGGUGCUGUGAAGCAGCAGGUCCAACCACUGUGCCACACUUAACCAAUCCUAACCCAACAAUUCAACUUAACUUAAUCUCCUUAUUCUAUCAUAAGCCUUAUCGUUCCUGUUGAAUCACCCAAACUCAUCACAUUCCAGCUGAACCCAUUCCAAUCCAUUCCAUCACAACUUAGCUCAUCCCAACUGAACCCCAUCCCAAGUCAACCCCUUCCCAACUCAACAACUGAGCCCAACUAAAUUCAACUUGACUCAACCCAACCCAUCCCAACUCAACCCAUCCCAACUCAACCCAUCCCAACCCAGCCCAUCCCAACCCAACCCAUCCCAACCCAAUCCAUCCCAACCCAAUCCAUCCCAUCCCAACCCAACCCAUCCCAACCCAACCCAUCCCAACUCAACCCAUCCCAACCCAGUCCAUCCCAACCCAGUCCAUCCCAACCCAGUCCAUCCCAACUCAACCCAUCCCAACCCAACCCAUCCCAACCCAAUCCAUCCCAACCCAGUCCAUCCCAACCCAGUCCAUCCCAACCCAGUCCAUCCCAACCCAGUCCAUCCCAACCCAGUCCAUCCCAACCCAAUCCAUCCCAACUCAACCCAUCCCAACCCAACUCAACCCAUCCCAACCCAACCCAACCAAUCCCAACUCAAUCCAUCCCAACCCAACCAAUCACGUCAACCCAUCCCAACCCAAUCCAUCCCAACUCAACUUAUCCCAUCCCAACUCAACCCAUCCUAACUCCACCCCCAACUCAAUUGCUCGUGCCUCUGUCCAUCCCAACUCAACCCAUGUCUAGGCCAACCAAUCCCAAAUCAACACAUCCCAACUUAGAUAUCCAAACUCAACCCAUCAUCAUUCAACCUAUCAUCAUUCAACUCAUCCCAUUUCAACAAAUGAAACCAACUAACUUGAAUUUGACUCAACUCAUCACAUCCCAACCCAUUCCAACACACUUCAGAUCAACAGUUCACCUAACUAAACUCAACUUAACCCAAGUUAAUAUCUGGUCUAAACAUGCCACAAUCCUAUAGAGGGUCAGGCAAAUGGUGCAAGAGACCCAAUCCUCACAAUAUAGAUCAAUCAGGUGGUCUCCUGUCUUUGACGCCCACAUGAACUAUUGCAUUUAGCUUACCCUGAUGUUCUUUAUCUAAAACCCAGUUCAUCAAUAUCUUCUGUAUGGUGGCCACUGCACUGCCUGGACAACUCAUUGCCUUGGAAGCAUUUGAUCAUGUGAUGCUGGAUGUGGGAGUUCACCCAGAACCCGGGGUAUCUUUGUACAUUGCUGGCGACAGAGCCAAUGUUCCCAGGUGCUGAGAUUUGGGGAAAGGGUCAGCAUCAGGCCUGACCAUUCGAGUAGGUUUCAGUCAUUGAAGGAGAAAGGUGAAAAAUGCACAUAGGUUAUUUUUACCCAGGUCAACAUCUUUCCCAACAUUACAACAAUGACAACGCUCAAGGGGAAUUAAUUGACUAUAAAGCACUUUGGGGUGUUCUUUACAUAAGAACAUUAGAAAAUAGAUGCAGGAGGAGGCCACUCACCAUUUAACACGAUCUGCCCCAGGCUUCAACUCCUUUUCUGUGCCAGGUCCCAACACCCUCAAUUCCCUGAUCUUUCAAAAAUUUAUCUACCUCCCACUUCAUACCUGCAGUGACCCAGCCUCUUCAAUACUCCACCCGCUACACACCUUAGUGACCAAUCCCUAAUCUUGUAACCGUGUUCCCUUAUUCGAGAUUCUCCCAUGGAGGAAACACCUCAACAUCUACCCUCAGGGUCUUAGAUGUUUCAGUAAUAACACUCCUCAUUGUUCUAAGCUCCAACAAAUACAGAUCUAAUUUCCUUAUCCUCUUGUAAAAGGAAUAAUUCCUUCAGUUGUUUGUGAUGGGACACAAAAUGUUCUUAAAUAUUUUCUGUUGGGUGUUUACUGCAGACUGUUGUUGCUCGCUGACUCUUCCUAUUUUACGUCCAGUUCCUCUUCAGCUGAUUGAUAGUCAAGUCUCAGCUGUGGCUUAGUUGCUCCUAUUCUCUCCCCGUCAGAUGGUUCUGGAUCUAAGUCCCAUUCCACAAAGAACACUUCUAAUGCUCUAGUGCUGUGUUGAGGAAGUGCCAUCAUUUUGAUGUGAUGAUAAUCUGUGAGGCUGUAUUCCCUUUUGGGUCAAUGUAAAAGAUCUUGCGACACCGCUUAAAAAAUGGAAAUUUCCUCACUUAAUGUCCUAAAUAAUAUUUAUCCUUCACUCAAUAUUACUAAAGAUAUAUCUGUUUAAUUUCAGAUGGCCCUUUGAGGGAGCUUGCUUGGUAUAAAUUAACUGCAAUUUUUCCUGCAUUAUGCAAUAAAAAUGU